CGAUGGUUUUUUGACUUUUCUUCGCCUUAUUCCCUCUCCCCAUCUCUGUCCUCGUGUCUUCAUCGCCUGGGUGGGUUUCGGCAAAAUCCAAUCUGCAAAAUACAAUCUGCAAAACAAUUUUGCAGAUUGAUCCGUGUGUAUUAGCUCGGGCAUACACGCCACAGUCGGACUAUUUAUAUUAGCAAGAAAAUUGUUCAUAUCGGUCAUUUGUGAUCUGGAUGUUUAUAUGUUUUGACUUGGUUUUUGCGCUUUACGUACGUUUGCCAGGAACUCUGCCAUAUAUGGGAUCUUAAUUUUGGAAUUCUUUCGACAUUUCUGUUGCCUUGACCAGUAUGGAGGAACCAAGUGCCGAUAUGCGGCAUACAAGUGAUGACUGUGCGUUUAUCAGCGACGAAGAAUUGUUUUCCUUAUCCUGGCUUCAACAGAGCUAUUAUUUAAAAACUGCACCAGAAGAGCAAGUGAAACGCAUCAACGAAAAGCGUAAAGAACUGGAUCUGCAAAAGAAGUUGCAGUACCGUGAGAAGCGCUUAGCGAAAGAGAAACUGGACCGAAAACUGGCAAAGGAAAAGAUCGUUAAGGAAAGACAAAAUGGUAUUUUUGAUAAUGUUGCUCCAUUCGAGAAACUUUUUCUGCAUCGAUCUCACCGCGUUGAUACUGCUUAUGCGAGAAAAGUGUCGAAAUAUUUGGUGCGAAUUUUCAAGGACGAUCCGGAAACGCUGCAGAAAAUGUACACAGUCGUGUCGAGCUGGAGACACGUUGGAUACCGGUUGUGUUGCAUGCGACGACGACCUUUAUAUCCGACACAAUAGUCGGGAAAUUCCGCUGCAUCAAGCAGUCAUCAGAUCCUUCAGAGGGCCGGGGUUGCAGCUAAGGCAGAGAAAAACGUGUAGUGUGGAAAAAGAUGAAAUCUGCAUCAAUCCUUAUCACUACGAGCGCAAACGGGAUCCCAUAAUCUACGGAGGGUGUAUCUGUGUUGUGUUUGGUUGCAAUAAUCGCUCGGACAGGUCAACACAUGUUUCCUACUUCCGAGUUCCGGAUAAAAAUGACGCGCGCUACGAAGCUUUUUUUGCAUUUUGUGGACGCAAAGAUUUGGAAGAAUCCGGCUUUCUCACGAGUCACCACAUAUGCAGUAUCCAUUUUCGUGAUAGUGACAUAACGUUCCAUGGAAAAUACCGGAGGCUGUUGCCAACCGCAGUGCCAACAGUACAUCCUGGAUCGCCAUAUUUUACCAAAAUUUCUCGGAAUACCAGGCGGUGUAUUGGUCGAUCCACAGCCGAAAAGCAUUAAAAGAUUAUAAAGGAAUGAAGAAGUACUGAUCUAAAUUUGCUGCCGCGGUAGAGAUGUUCCCUGAACGGAGGCCGCAUUCCCGCGCUGCAUUUCUUUGCUCAUACGCUGGCGUAAAAAAUGUUCAUUGUUUACUUCAAAUGCAUUCGUAAAAGACGACAGUAUUUACUUGAUGAUCUGUCGUUACAUGAUAUAUCUGGUAUUGCAGACGGUUGUGUUAAGCGGUGCUGUACUCUGUAGAUAUUUCAGAUGUCAUAAUGUGUCCUACACCACGUUACACUAGAUGAAUUCACGGCAAACCUAUUCUGUUGUCUUGACCGCUUCGAAAUUAAAAAUA